GCGCGGGAGGAGCGGGCGGCUCUUCCGGGGGCGGGAGGUCACGGCGUGGAGCGGCGGCGGCUGAGGAGAAGCAGAGCGGGUGGGGAAAGAGACCGGGUGGCUCCGCCAUGUCUUAUUGCAGGCAAGAAGGAAAAGACAGAAUUAUAUUUGCAACCAAGGAGGACCAUGAGACACCAAGCAGUGCCGAGCUGGUUGCAGAUGACCCAGAUGACCCUUAUGAAGAACAAGGAUUGAUAUUGCCCAAUGGAGAUAUCAAUUGGAAUUGCCCAUGUCUGGGCGGAAUGGCUAGUGGUCCCUGUGGGGAACAGUUCAAGUCAGCCUUUUCUUGUUUCCACUAUAGCACAGAAGAAAUAAAGGGAUCAGACUGUGUGGACCAAUUCCGUGCCAUGCAGGAAUGCAUGCAAAAAUACCCAGAUCUUUACCCUCAAGAGGAUGAAAUUGAAGAAACAGAGAAGUCAAGCGAAGACUUGGAAGCUACUCCUAUGGAGGCUCCUGCUGCCAAAGUGGAGAAAGGAUCUAGCUAAUGAAGAUGCAAGGAGGCUGUUGUCUCCAUUUCUCAUUUUCAGAGACAUGGACUUUUGCAGUAUGUCUGUCUUUUGAAUCAUCAAGGAAUGUUUCACCAUUGUUCUAUACACUGUAUCAUAGUGAAUAAUUUAUUGCUGAAGGAGAAAUCUCAGUGCUACAGCCAUGCAAAUAGAUACUGAAAAAAGAACGAGUGUGUUAUGUAUUGUAUAACCCUCUAUUUGACACAGUCACUACUUCAACAGCUGGGUUCUGCCCUCAAGUUCUUCUUGAGCUGUCUUCAAGUAUCUAUAGCUUUCAAGUAUAAUUCCACUAGUACACCGGGUCUUGUCUUCAUUUCAGUAUGUUUUGAUCAAUAGCUGAUCAAUUGCUUUUCUGUUCUAUUAAUAGAAAUUGCAUUAAAUGAGUGUUUUUUCCUGAAAGAUUUUUUUUUGCCAGAGUGAUACAGAACAUUGAAAAUGGCCUAAAUCUAAAAUUUGUAAACUAAUUUCAAAAUGGUCUUGUUAGAUUAUGGUUACAUUUUAUUACUAACAUCAGAUAAGGUCUGCCAGAAGAAAUGUUGAAAUGUGUGCCUCCUCUGAUUUAAUUUUCUUACUGUGAUGGCUUUUGCAUUUUUAAGAACGGUGUGUUAUACAACAGUCGAUAAGGACAAAUGGAAUGCAUGCUGGUCACUGGCUUUUUUAUGUUUGCUCUGAAACCACAGGUUUUGGGUUCCUUUAGUUUAGUACCUGCUCCUUCAGUGUAUAGACAGGCUUUUGUAAAAUACUUCAAUAAUAAAAUGAAAUUGUUACCUGGUGUAAUGAUCUCAAAACAGAUACUGUGACUUAAGUACAUAUUAAAAAGCAAAUACUUUUUACCUUCAUUGAAAGCUGUUUCUUUGUGGUGUGGUUUUUUUUUUUGUUAACACUGCUUGGAUUUGAGGUACUCUUCUGCAUUGUAAGCAGACUUUGAAUCCAUUUGUGAGUUGUAAAGAUCAGUUGCUCCAGCUUGUCAGAUUUUUAUUCUUGUCCCAUUCUUUUCUCCCCAGCCCCAGGCAGUAAGGCAUAAAAAAUGUAAAGCAUUUUCAGUACUAUAGUAGGUUGUGGAUCAUGAACCAGCACUACAAAGGACCUCAGCUAUUGAAAUAUUCAAAAAUUACUUUAGAGGUGCAAAUAAUUUAGUAGUGAUUCACGCUAGUUUAAUACUUGUGGGUAAAGGGAAUGCUACAUUGUUUUUCUUCCCUAACAAAAUGUAGACUGUGAGAAUUGUAUUGCAAAAUAAAUUGUACUUGUGGCUUCAGUAACUGGUCAUU